AUGGAUGGAUUCUUCAACAAGUUCUCGUCACAUCAUCGCAAUCGUAUCAAACUACACUUGUAUGAUAAGGAACAAUCGGAAAUUGCCAAAUUCAAAAAUCUACAUGAAAAAAAGAUUACCAUAUUACUUAAUGCAGUAGGAGAUCACACACGUGCUCCACUUCUCUCAAUUGACAAAUUAGUUUAUAAUUUAUCAUCUAAGCUACUAACAAUUCCACAAUUAAAAUUAUUAAGCAGAGGAUGGAAGUUCUGCAUAGAAGAAAAAAUAAUUGAACCAUUAAACAUUCAAACCGAAAUUGAAUAUGGUAUGAUAAAAAUUAAAGAAGAAUCAGAUAAAAAGAAAAUAUCUUGGAACUCAUUACGUAAUGAUAUUAAAUCAGUGGCAGAAGAUAUGAUCAAGAGAGUUAAUAAAAAGCGUAUAUCUAACUUAAGUCAAGAAGAACAUAUUGCAUUAAAGGAAUUAAAAAUGGACAAAUCAUUGAUCAUAUUACGUGCGGACAAAGGUAACGCUGUAGUAUGUAUGGACAAAUUGGAUUACAUAGAACGUGUCAAUAAAAUUUUACAAGAUCCCAAAAAAUUUAUUAAAGUUUUAAAUGAUGAAUCUGAAUAUGAUGAAAACCUAAUUAAUAAUAGAUUAAGUAGAUUAUUAAAAGAAAAGAAAAUUAAUCAAAACACUUAUGAUAAGAUAUAUGCCACUGGUUGUUCAAUUCCAGUAUUAUAUUGUACCGUAAAAGUACAUAAAGCCAAAUUUCCUUUACGACCGAUAAUAGCAAUGUGCAACGCACCAAAUUACAAACUUGCAACUUUUCUGACUAACAUGAUAAAAAAUUAUAAAAAAGAAAGUCAAUCGUACGUGAAAGACUCAUUUGAAUUUACAAAAAUUUUAAGAACAACAUCAUGUAAUACCAAUGACGUGAUAUUAAGCUUUGAUAUUGAAUCUUUAUAUCCAAAUGUACCGGUAACAGAAGCUAUCCAACUUGGUGUUGAAUUACUGUCGCCGCCAAAAUACGAUGAACGCGAGUAUUUUUUGAAUAUCUCGAGAACGGAAGCAGCUAUCAACCUGCGGUUUUCAGCAUUUGAAACAAAAAUGUGGGGGAAAUAA